GUGUACAUAGUUGUUCUCUGACUUUAGUUAUUCCGAAACAGCGGUGCGAUAUUAUCAGUCCUUUUUAAUUGAGCAAUUUUCAUUUUCUGGUACACAUCGUACCGUUCUCUGGACGCGAGUAGUAAAAAAUUGAUCUGUCGAGAACCGGCUGGUGUAAACCCUGACAUUAAUGGGACUGGAGGCUAUAUAGAGUUUUUCACAACAUUAUUCGUGAGAAACCUCCGAGACCGAGAAGACCCAAGAGACUGGCUAGCAGGGAUGAAUUUGGAAUCCGAUCAUUAGUUGUAAAACAGAGUAACGUUAAGUGCGUAAUAAAUCAACGCUUUUUGUGAACGUGUACGUCAUUUUACGAUUUACCUUUGUGCAACACUGCAGUUUACACUAUUACACUCAUAUAGUGGCAUUGUCAACGUAAAUGGAGAAUGCCAUUGCAGAACCGGCGCAGCGGCGUACAGAACGUGCAGAAUUGGAAGAAGCUUUGGAGAUAGCAGGAUUCGGGAAGUUCAACUGGGGCCUAACAGCAGUUUGUUCGAUAUGUCUGUGCGCUUCUAUAGUUGAGACUAUGAGCACUGGGUUCAUUUUACCGGCAGCUCAAUGUGAUCUAAAAAUGACUACGGGGCAGAAAGGAAUUUUGACCGGUGCGACUUUCACAGGCAUGAUAACCAGCGCUCACACAUGGGGCAUAAUCGCGGACACGACAGGGAGGCGAAAGGUUUUGUUAAUAUCGCUCCUGGGAGCUUCUUCGUUCAGUUUUGCGUCAGCGUUUGCCAAUAAUCUGUGGUUGCUCGCUUUUCUACGACUGAUGGUGGGCUUACUGAUUUCCGGUUCCGCUGCUGCCGUCUAUUCGUACCUGGGAGAAUUUUCUAGCGUUAAAUUCAGGUCGAGAUCUAUUGCCUGGGCAUGCACUGCAUUUCCAAUCUCCAUGUUCAUCAUGCCAGGGGUCGGUUGGGCGGUUCUCCCUCUCGAUUUUGAUCUGGACAUGUUUGGCAUGUCAUUCAGAUCCUGGCGUUUGUUUGUAAUAAUCCUUGGAAUACCGGGAUUUGUUGCGUUUCUCGGUCUACUACGUCUUCCGGAGAGUCCAAAGUUUCUAGUAAUGGUGGGACGAUCACCCGAAGCGAUCGAAGUUUUAGAAAACGUUUACCGUUUAAACAAAGGUCAAGACGCCGGAAAAUAUCCGAUCUCUGAAAUAAUUGCGCCACCAUCCAUGAACUUGGGCAAAGAUCCCACGUUCGCUAAAUCCGGCGUCACGAUGAGGGUUCUCAGGACAAUGUGGGAUCAAACCAUCCCGCUUUUUUUGCAGCCUUACGGAUUCACGACACUUCUCGUGUGCGCGAUGCAAUUUGGAAUAUUCUUCAGUUUUAACGGGAUGUACCUUUGGAUGCCGGAAUUUCUGAAUCAAAUUGCGAUCUUCAACGGUGAACAUCCAGGACUCCCGGCUUCGAUAUGCGACGCAUACGCUGUUAAGACGCCGGAAGUUGCGGCGAACACGACGGCGUCCUCUGAAUCCGUAGGGGAGGAGUGUCACCGGGACUUGGAUGAUAGCGUGUUUAUAAAAACCUUAACAAUUGGAGGAGCGAGUCUGAUAGUUUAUUUAUCAGUUGGUUUCAUUGUCAGUGUAUUGAGAAAAAAGACGAUAAUCAUCAUUGCUCAAACGAUCAGCGGGCUCGCAGGCCUCGGUCUUCUAUUCGUCAACUCGACGCCCAUGAUUGCCACGAUGAUGAUAAUCUACCACGUAAUCUCUGGCGUUUGUCUCAGCCUCCUUAAUUCAAUCGUCGUCGAUUUGUACCCGACAAACCUGAGAACUAUGGCGGUCUGCAUCACUUUGGUAACAGGUCGUUUGGGUAUAACAGCUGUCGCAAAUUUGAUAGCUCUUUUAAUCGACAUUGAUUGUUCGGUAACAAUGAGCAUAAUGGCCUGUGUGCCCCUGGCGUGUGCUAUUUUGUGCUUCUUCCUGCCUAGGGAAGCCGGCAGUGCAGUGACAAUUAAUUAGUCGUAUGAUCUCAUCUGCACAAAAAAAAAAAAAAAACACCUGUGCAUACAUGGAUCGAUUGGAACAAAUUAUUGAUAAAAAAUAUA